AAAAAAAACCCUGUCGCCUGGACAGAAAGCGCCUGUGCAGAGAAGCCGAGGAUACCGGCUGGUCUUACCUGUAGAUGCUGCCUUGUUCUGAAGUUUUAAAUGAUGUCUCCCUACAUGCUUUAAGUGUUCAAGAUGGCAACACUAGAAUUAUACAGAAAGGGGGCCAGUGUUUGGGUUCCUGACCCAGAUGAAGUCUGGGUUUCAGCUCAGCUCCUCCAGGACUACAAACCUGGAGAGAAACAGCUGUUGCUGCAGCUCUCUAAUGGAAAUGAGGUGCACUACCCGGUGGGCUCUCCCUCUGAUCUCCCUCCAUUGGGGAACCCUGACAUCCUGGAGGGUGAGAACGACCUGACAGCUCUCAGCUUCCUCCAUGAACCUGCUGUGCUGCACAACCUCCAAGUUCGAUUUCUGGACUAUAACAACAUCUACACCUACUGUGGAAUUGUGUUAGUGGCCAUCAAUCCUUAUGAUCAGCUCCCAAUAUAUGGAGAGGAGGUGAUCGAUGCUUACAGCGGUCAGGACAUGACCGACAUGGAACCUCACAUCUUCUCUGUGGCGGAGGAAGCUUAUCGCACCAUGACCAGGGAGGAGAAGAAUCAGUCGAUCAUCAUCAGUGGGGAGUCUGGAUCUGGGAAAACUGUCUCAGCCAAAUUCACCAUGCGAUACUUUGCUGUGGUCGGAGGAGCAGCUCAGCAGACCAGCGUGGAGGAGAGAGUUCUGGCUUCUAAUCCUAUCAUGGAGUCCAUUGGGAACGCUAAAACAACUCGAAAUGACAACAGCAGUCGCUUUGGAAAGUACAUUGAGAUCGGCUUUGGCAGGAAGGGGGACAUCAUCGGGGCGAACAUGAGGACAUAUCUGCUGGAGAAGUCCAGGGUGGUCUUCCAGGCAUCUGCAGAGAGAAACUACCACAUCUUCUAUCAGCUGUGCGCCUCCAGAGAGCUGCCUGAAAUGAGAUCUCUCAGACUGGAUGCACCUGAGUGUUUCCGCUACACUAACCAGGGAGGGGAGAUGCAGAUACCUGGUACUGAUGAUGUGUCCGACCUGGAGCGCACUCGCAAUGCUUUCACCAUUCUGGGUGUACAACCGGACCAACAGAUGGAGCUCUUCAGGAUCUUGUCAGCUGUUCUGCACCUGGGAAAUGUGGACAUUCAAGCCAGUGGAAGAAGUUCAGACAGAAGUUUUAUUGAUGCCGACGACCGAUCCCUGGCUGUCUUCUCCAAGCUCUUAGGAGUUGAAGGAUCUCAGAUGGCUCACUGGAUUUGCCAUCGCAGAUUGACUGUAGGAGGAGAGAUGCUGGUCAAACCAAUGACCGGUCAGCAGGCUGUGGAGGCCAGAGAUGCACUCGCUAAACACAUUUACGGUCAGCUGUUCACUUGGACCGUGCAGAGACUGAACUCAGCUCUGAGCACCCAGAGGAGACGAGCCAAGUCCUUUAUAGGGGUGCUGGACAUCUAUGGGUUUGAGACCUUCGAGCGCAACAGUUUUGAGCAGUUCUGUAUAAAUUACGCGAAUGAGAAGCUACAACAGCAGUUCAACAGGCAUGUGUUCCAUUUGGAGCAGGAGGAGUAUGUCCGGGAGGAGCUGGCCUGGAACAGAAUUGAGUUCAGUGAUAAUCAGCAGUGCAUCAGUCUCAUAGAGGGACAACUGGGCAUGUUUGAUCUGUUGGAUGAGGAGUGCAGGAUGCCCAAAGGCUCAGAUGAAAACUGGGUUCGUAAAUUAUACGACCAACACCUGACCAGCAAACCUCAUCCUCACUUUAGGAAACCUCGACUGUCCAACAUCGCCUUCAUCGUCCUGCACUUUGCUGACACGGUGCAAUAUGAAUGUGAAGGCUUUUUAGACAAGAACAGAGAUACGGUCUUUGAGGAGCUGAUUAACAUCCUCAAAGCCAGUCAGUCUGAGCUGGUGGCCGAGUUGUUCCAACAGCAGGGAAACGUGCCGUCUGCGGCCAAUGGAAGCGUUCGUUCAGAGAAAAGAGCCACCAGGGAACAUAAACUGACUGUGGGCUUCCAGUUCCGUCAGUCUUUACAGAUGUUAAUGGACACUCUGAACAGCACGACUCCUCACUACGUCCGCUGUAUUAAACCCAACGAUCUCAAAGAGCCUUUUAUGUUUGACCCUAAGAGGACGGUGCAGCAGCUGAGAGCCUGCGGGGUGUUGGAGACGAUUCGUAUCAGCGCUGCAGGUUAUCCAACAAGGUGGACGUAUGAGGAGUUCUUCAGCAGGUAUCGUGUUCUGCUCCGAGGAGCUCAGAACCAGGACCAGGCCCAGGCCUCCUGCAGACAGAACCUGCCUCAGCUCAUCCCAGACCCAGACCAGUACUGCUUUGGAAAGACCAAAGUGUUUUUCCGGGCCGGUCAGGUGGCUCUUCUGGAGAGGCUGAGAGCUGAGAGGCUGCGAAUCGCCGCUGUGAUCAUCCAGAGUCAGGUCAGAGGAUGGCUGGCUCGGAUCAGAUACACCAAGAUCUUCUGGGCCACUGUCACCAUACAGAGAUACACCAGAGGAACUCUGGCCAGACGACUGGCUCUGGCUCUGCGCUACACCAAGGCAGCCUUAGUGAUCCAGAAGACCUACCGUAUGGUGGUGGUCAGACAGCUGUUCCUCAUGAUCCGACAGGCCACCAUCACCAUCCAGGCCUUCACCAGGGGAACACUGGCUCGCCGCAGAUACAGAGUGCUGGUGGCAGAGAGGGCCGCUGUGUUGCUCCAGGCGAGAGUGCGUGGGUGGCUGGUGAGGAAGGCGUACAGGCAAAUACGUGCAGCAGUGGUGUUCAUGCAGUGCUGCAUUCGGCGCAGGGCGGCCAAGAGAGAGCUGCAGAAACUAAAGACUGAGGCUCGCUCAGUGGAAAGGUUCAGAGAGCUCAAUAAGGGCAUGGAAGUCAAACUGAUGCAGCUGCAGUUGAAAGCAGACCAGGAGGCCAGAGAGAGCGCUGCUUUGAGAGAGACCCUGAACACAGAGCGAGAGGCGACCAGUACCGAGCUGGAGGCUCUGAGGGCGACAAUACAGAAACUAGAGAGCCAGAAACUAGAGAAACCUCCUCCUGCUCCAGUUAUCAGCGAGAAGGAGGUGGAGGACAGGAGGAAAGCUGAGGAGAAAGCUGCUCAGAAGAUCCUCCAACUCAAACAAGAGCUGCAAGAACUGCAGAAAGAAAAAGACAAUUUUCACAAGGAGAAAGAGGAACUCUCUGCUCGGUUGCUUGAACAAGUAAAAGCACAAGAAGAGCAUGUGCAUCAGGCGGUGUCUCAGGCGAAUGCAGCUCUUCGUGCAGAGCUGGAUGAAGAAAGAAGGAAGUACCAGGGUCUCCUGAGGGAGUUCACCAGACUGGAGCAGCGAUACGACAACCUCAGGGACAUGAGUCUGCUCACCGAGCGCAACAAAGGCCACCGAAGGACCGACUCCACCCAGAGUCUGAGCCUGGAGCCUCUCUCCCCCUCCUCACCCCAGUCCCUCACCCCUCUCUCCCUGUCACCCUUCCCAUCUGCCUUCCCUUCCCCGGAGGAGGUCCGCAGGUUCAGCGUGACGUCGCCUUCUCUGGAGAAGAGGCUCUCAGUGUGGAACCUCGACCCGCCAAUGGACCAGCUGAUGGAGAAGCUGGAUGUGGCCAAAGACCCGGCAGUGAAGAUGAAAGGAGAAGACCUGGCCUAUGCCUACGAUGCUGUACGAGUGGCCAACAAGUUUCUGGAGAGUCAGCUGCGUAACCAGCGCAGUCAGUGGGAGGAAGAACUGGAGUCUCUGAGGCGCCAACUCAAUCAAAACAUCUCUGGUUCUUCCUCUGCUGCACAUAGACAGGACCUUCAGGAGCUGCUAGAAGCCAGAGAACACGAGUGUAUGAGGCUGAGGAGAGAACUGAAGGAACUAAGAAACACCGUCUCACUUAGACGACUCCUGACACAAGUUCUUCCAUCAGCUUUCACCACAGAUGCUUCCUCUCUGUCUCAACCGAAGCCAGCAGCAGUUACUGGUUUACUGGAAUGUAGGAAAAGAGAUGAAAGCAAACUCAUAAAAAUCCUCAUCACAGAUAUCCGGGUUGACACGGCCUUGUCUCUGCCUCCUGGUCUGUCUGCCAGCGUGAUCUUCCUCUGCGUCCGCCAGGCCGACUGCAGCGGAGACCAAACUCGAGCUCGGUCGCUCUGCGGCGCCGCUGUCACCGCCAUGAAGGCAGCUCUGAAGAAGCAUAUCAGUGACGUAGAUAUGACCGCUCUGUGGCUGAAAAACAUCUGUCUGUUGCACGACCUGUUGAACCAGCAUUCCCCAAAACAGACCUUAGACUCAGAUGAUCUUGUUCCCCUGACUGCUGAUCUGAGCGACUUGAUCCGCAGCCUCAGCGACCUCAGCAUCCAGGCCUAUCAGCAGCUCCUCAGCGUCACCGAGACACGUCUGCAAAACAUCAUAGUCGCUGCCCUGUUGGAGAGCGAAACCAUCUCCAGUCUGUCCGGCUCGGUGGGGAAGCUUCCAGUCUCCAGGAAACGUGCAGGUUCGGUCGGAGGCGACGCUCCCACCAUGGCGUCUGUGCUGAGGGAACUCGGAGGGCUUCACACCGCCAUGACCCACCAAACUCUGGCCCGGACGCUGAUGGAGCAAGCCUUCCACCAGCUCACCUACCUCAUCUGUGCCUCCGCUCUGAACAGCCUGCUGCUGAGGAAGGACAUGUGCAGCUGGAGUCGUGGCAUGCAGAUACGCUACAACGUGAGCCUGCUGGAGGAGUGGCUGCGGAGCCGAGGCCUACAGGCAGGUGGCGCUGUGGCCACUCUGGAGCCUCUAAUCCAGGCCGCUCAGCUGCUGCAGGUGGGGAAAAAGACUGAGGCGGAUGCACGGUCCAUCGUGGAGACCUGCACUGCCCUCUCCAGCCAGCAGAUUGUAAAGAUUCUGGGCCUCUACACUCCCUACAGCGACCUGGACGAAAGAGUCACUCUGAAUUUUAUCCGUAUGGUCCAGGGGCUUCUCAAAGACUCCUCUGGAAGUCAACCUUCACAUUUCCUGUUGGACGUGAGGAAAGUGUUUCCGGUCACUUUCCCCAACUUGCCUCCACUCGUCCUCAGUGCUGAGCAGUUAGUCAUCCCAGAUUCCCUAAAGAUCUCCUUUCUACGCAAAGCCUAAACAUAUUUUUUUAAAAAAUUAUCACCUCAAAAUUCACUGUAUCUCAGAACUGUGAUAUAAAAUCUGUUAUUUCACUAUUUUGUACUUCGGCUUCACUACUCUUGCCAGCAACCCCGCCACAGCGUUAUAGUAAAAAAUGCACAGAAUGUACCUUUUUGAAUCUUAAUAGAAAACAUUUUACAUGCAAUGAGGAAUUUAAUUCCAGUUGUUAGAGCCCAAAUCUAAUUUAUGUGCCCAUUAGCCACCCACAGUAUAGUUUUCCUGCUUUUUACAGUGUUAAACUGAAAAACUUUGCUGUCAGUCUUAUUGUUCCGUCUCUCAGCUGCCUGUUUCAAUGACACAAGUUUCAAAUUGAGUCAGGUAAUGUCAAAUUCCCAGCGCACUAAAAUAUCAAGUUCUCCAUUCUCAAUAUUUAGCUGUAGUAAAACAUCAGCACAGACUAAAGCCUGAGAAGCAUAGUUGUAAAUCUUUUCACCUGCUUCAUGUUGUUCAUAUGCAUUAACAUACUGUAUGUUAGUCAUUCUAGAUUCCCUAAAGAUCUAAUUCCUAUGCAAAGCUUAAACAAAACAGGAUGCAAAUCAGCAAAUUUAACUCCAGAUCUCCUGAAUUUAGAUGACAGAACUCCAAGGAUGUGCUGUGGAUUUAAUGCCUGCCUCAGAUUUUAAGUGGCACUAACUUGUUUAAAUAAACUGUUAAUUAUUACAAUAUAUUAGUAUAUACUAAUAUACUAUAGAAGGUCACAGGCUGAUGAUUGCGAUGGAAGAACCCAUUUUGUUUGUAAAACCUUAAGUAAACUGAUUUAACCCCAUCCCAGACAACAAUGUGAUCAAUGCGUGUAGGUUGCUGCUGGGAAUUUAAGUUUAAAAGAAACUAAAUAAAUUGAAAAAUAGAACCCAACCAAAAUGAUUUAGGCCAUGAAUCAGGCUUAAAGAUGGAGACACAUUAUCCAAAGACAGAUUUACAAAAGAGUGUGCUCUUACCAAAAUUCCAAUUUGGAAAAUGUUGGAUGCAGAGUUUGACAUUGCCUGUGGUUGCAUAUGAUUUUCCUAGAUUAUUCUAAGGAAGGUCACAGGCUGUCAAAAGUAUUUAUGAUUGCUAAAGGAGAGCAAAAUAUGUGUAUUAAAAAUGAAAAAAUGCAGCUAUGCCUCUCUACAAUUUGACAAACAGGGAAUAGGAUGAAGCUUUUUUCUUAUUUUAUUGGAAGCGGAAACACAUUGAGACUGCAGUCCCAGGUACCUCGACCCCCAAUAAGAACAACCAGAAUAAAAAAGAAAACAAAAAAUUAGAAACAUCUCGUGUAUAAAAAAAUUUCUCAUGCGAGUACUUUGUACCACUACACAUCAUCAGUAAUACAUAUUUAUAUAUUCACAAACAUUUGAAAAAUAGAAAACAACGAUGAAAUAUCAAAAUAAAAGGAGACGACGAUUGGCAAUUAACAUCAAAUAAUUCUGCGUGCUGGCACAAUACAUUUUUUUCUCUUUUUGUUUUAUUGUUCCUAUCAUGCACCGUUUCUGGAAGUACAGGACCGGCGUCGCUGUGCAGGCAUCUGUCUGGACAGAUCAUGCAUGUCUGUCAGCUUCUUGUGUCUAUGUGCUUUUCGUUGUGCUUCAUCUAUGAGCCAACCUGAGAGCCCGACACGCAAACUGAGCCUCUGGAGGAGGAAGGACUCCCUUGACUAAAGCAUCAUUGUCAACAGCAAUAAAUAAAGAUAUAUCUCUUCUUUUUCGUGGCAUUUC